GUCCCGAGCAGUCGGGGACAUGUCGAGGUGGGCGGAGGCCCGGUGGGCCGGCGCCAGGCGGCGGACGGCGGCCGAGGCACACGCGCCCUCCUCGAGCUUUCCCCGGAGACGCCUUCCUUUACAAACGCCCCGAGCUUGAAGGAGCUGUCACGGCGAGGAGGCCCCGCCGGGACCGAGAGCAGGAAACGCCGGAUACGCACACUUUGCAGCAGCUGUUGCACAGGGAAUCGCUCCGGAAGCCGAGACAAUGAAGCUGUUGGAGAACUCAAGUUUUGAAGCAAUAAACUCCCAGCUGACAGUGGAGACGGGAGAUGCUCACAUCAUCGGCAGGAUCGAGAGCUACUCAUGCAAGAUGGCUGGCGAUGACAAGCACAUGUUCAAGCAGUUCUGCCAGGAGGGCCAGCCGCACGUCCUGGAGGCCCUGUCGCCUCCUCAGACCACGGGGAUCAGCCCCAGCAGGCUCAGUAAAAGUCAGAGCGGCGAUGAGGAGGGACCCCUGAGCGACAAGUGCAGCCGCAAGACCCUCUUCUACCUGAUAGCAACGCUCAACGAGUCCUUCCGCCCAGACUACGACUUCAGCGCUGCCAAGAGCCACGAGUUCAGCCGAGAGCCAAGCCUCAACUGGGUGGUGAACGCUGUCAACUGCAGCCUCUUCUCUGCCGUUCGGGAAGAUUUCAACGCCCUGAAGCCACACCUGUGGGAUGCUGUCGACGAGGAGAUCUGUCUUUCAGAGUGUGACAUCUACAGCUACAACCCCGACCUGGAUUCGGACCCCUUUGGAGAAGACGGCAGCCUCUGGUCCUUCAACUACUUCUUUUACAACAAGAGGCUGAAGAGGAUUGUCUUUUUUACCUGUCGUUCCAUCAGCGGGUACGCAUACACGCGCUCGGAAGCUGGCAAUGAGCUGGACAUGGAUCUUGGUGAAGGGGACGCGGAGGAGAACAGGGAUGCCGGUGACACCGAGAGCGGCAGCAUCGAGGAGGACAGGUUGCAAGUUAUUUGCAUGUGAGUUUCCAGAACCGCUCCGAGGUGCCUGGCAGCCCUGCCGAACCGCCCCUCUGCCUGCGUCCCGCGGAUGAGGCUGCCCGGAGCUCCCCAACUGCCCCUGCCCGGCAGCUGUGGCGUCGCCCUGCCCGACGCAUACACUGGAGUCCCCUGCGCGUCUUGGAGCACGACGGACUGAAAGCAGCUGCGGCCUCCUGGCCGAAGACACGUCCCCUCGCUCUGGUGCUGCCGGCCAACUUCCCCUUUCCCCUCACCCGUGGCCGCUGCGGCGUGGGCCAGGGUUCGCCGGACAGCUGUGUGGGAGCUCCGAGAAGCUUUGCUGCACUUUAUCGCUGAUGUCGUUGGCUGCACUGAUCUGCAAACUCCUCGUGGCGCUGAAGCCAGGCUGGAUCUCCCUCGAGCACUUUUCUGUACUGGUUGUGACCUGGUGAACGCCGUCCGUCCACAGCACCAGCAGCAGCAGAGGGACGCCUCUGCCCGGCCUCCUCUGGAAGCAGCGUUGUUGAACUCCCCACGAACUGUCCUCAGCUCCUUCCCCGGAGAAGAGUCCGUUUGUUUCAAAGAGGUUUGCUUUGCUCUUGCCCUCCCACAGUGGUUUUCUCUGGUGUUCUGGUUCUGUUAGUUGUUUUUUUUAUCUUUGCUGGGUGGUACCAGCAUCCUGCACUGGUCCUGUGCAGAGGGGUCCCGCGCUGGACCGGGCGCCUCAGCCCGCACCUCCCACCGUUUUCUUUGGGUUGUUAUUUUGGUUUUUUAAACCACAGCUGAAUUUGGCAGUCUGGAGGCCGGAGCACGGCGUGGCAGUGGCUGCAGUGCUGGGGCCCAGCUCAGCCCUCGACGGGGGUUGCGGCCUCUGGUUUUGUGUUGGGGGUGAGCUCAGCCCACGGCGGGAGCGGGGUGUUGCCGCUCCCGCCUGUGUUUUGGUUCAACCGCGUUUCCCCCUUUCUCUCCAUCCCCUGCUGCCCAGGCACCGAGAGUUUUGGGGGCCAAGCUUCCCCCCUCCGUAUUUCGGCAGGUGCCGGGUCAGGGCAGGGAGAGCUCAGCUGAGCACGCACAAACGAGGGGCAGCAGCUGCUGCAGCAUCUGGGCUGCCUGAAAAGGCCUCCUGCCCCCCCAGAGGAGCCCAUGUGGGGCAGAACCGUGGCCACAGGUCCUCGCCCCACCCAGGGCUGCCUGCGUGGCCCCUGCCCCUCCGUCUGGGGGUGUGUUGGGGGGGGUGUCCCUCUUCGGUCCCGCUGGGAGCUGAGCGGCUUUGGGAAGAGGCUGGCUGGGGAGGUGGAGUGGAUGCCCCAAGGCUGGAGACUCCCGUCACUGGGGGGCUUCCCCGGGGGGCUUCCCCAUGUCCCUGGCCUGAGCUUGGCAGGAGGCCCCAGGGGAUGUUGCAGACCAGGCUCCAGCCUCCGGCCGGGCAAGGCAGGGCCUCGGGGUGCGGAGGGAAGGCAGACAGACAGACAGCCCCACUCCUUCCCCCAGUGCUGAGCAUGCAGAGGUGGGUGCCGGCAACAGCGUGGUGUUACCGACAGCGGCUCUCCCCAGCUCCUCUCCCUCGCCGUAACUCCUCAGAAACUUGUUUUUAAGUUGGAGUUUGUUUCCUCAUCACUCUUCAGGAUGGACUUGAGCCCUGACCCCCGCUGCACCCCAGGGAGGGGUUUGCCUUCAGCUCCCAUCGCACUACCCCUGUUUUGGCACCCUCGCACCUCCCUCUGCACCCGCCGGGGCUCCCCAGGCCCCGGUGGCAUGGAGCAGGAUUUGGCCCGGUCCCCUCUCUGCUGUCGUUUGCCCCCCUACUAGCGUGCUGCUGUGGCUGCCUGCCCCCUUUGAGCCCUGUCAGGGAACUCGGACUUCACAGCAUAGCAAUGUAUCGUUACACCAAUAAAGUUUUUCUGUCA